CCAUUGUGAACAAAAGUUUCUCUCCUGGACCAGGAAUGAGGAAGCUGCUUUACAGACACGCCUGUUUUCCACACGUCACUCAAACACAGAAGCAGGAAACUAUUUCAGCUGCUCAGUUCAGAGAAACAGCUGUUGUGUGUUCGUGUCUCUCUGUAUUCAUGCAGUAAAAUGGCAGAAGCCAGAAUUUCACAGGAUGAGUUCACGUGUCCAGUGUGUCUGGAUCUCCUGAAGGAUCCAGUGGCCAUUCCCUGUGGACACAGUUACUGUAAGAGCUGUAUUACAGACUGCUGGGAUCAGGAGGAUGAGAAGAGAGUCUACAGCUGUCCUCAGUGCAGACAGACCUUCAGUCCAAGACCUGCUUUAGCUAAAAACACCAUUCUGGCUGAAAUGGUGGAGAAACUGAAGAAGACUAAACUUGCUGCUGACUGUUACGCUGGAGCUGGAGACGUGCAGUGUGACGUCUGUACUGGAAGAAAAUACAAAGCCGUCAAGUCCUGUCUGGUGUGUCUGGAGUCUUUCUGUCAAACUCAUUAUGACCGUCAUGAGGAAUAUCACUCUCGUAAACCACACAAAGUGAUUGAUGCCACUGGACGACUGCAGGACAUGAUCUGCCCUAAACACGAUAAAGAGCUAGAAAUGUACUGUAUCACUGAUCAACAGUGCAUCUGUGUGUGGUGUAAGGAGCCUGAACUUAAAAACCACAACACUGUAUCAACUGCAGCACAGAGGACAGAGAAACAGAAACAGCUGAAGGAGACGCAGAUAAAGAUCCGUCAGAGAAUCCAGCAGAGACAGAAAGAUCUUCAGCAGCUGAGAGAGGCUGUGGAGUCUCAUAAGCGCUCUGCACAGACAGCAGUGGAGGACAGUGAGAAGAUCUUUACUGAGCUCAUCCGCUCCAUUGAGAGAAGCCGCUCUGAGGUCACACAGCUGAUCAGAGAUCAGGAAAAGGAUGCAGUGAGUCGAGCUGAAGGACGACUGGAGCGACUGGAGCAGGAGAUCAAUGAUCUGAGGAGGAGAGACACUGAGCUGGAGCAGCUUUCACACACACAUGAUCACAUCCAUUUCCUGCAGAGUUUCCAGUCUCUCUCAGCACCUCCUGAAUCUACAGAUGAACCUGACGAUCCCUUCAGUUCUCUCUCCUCUUUUGAUGGCAUGAGAGAAUCUGUCCGUCAACUGAGAGACAAACUGGAGGAUUUCUGCAAAGAGGAGAUCAAGAAGAUCUCUGACAGAGUCACAUUCCCCAACAUGAAUCCCAAGACCAGGAAUAACUUCCUACAGUAUUCCCAUCAGCUCACUCUGGAUCUGAACACUGUGAAUAAACGCCUCCGUCUGUCUGAGAGGAACAGAGUGAUUACUGACACUGACACAAAGCAGUCGUAUCCUGAUCAUCCAGACAGAUUUGAUGUUUGGUAUCAAGUGUUGUGUAGAGAGAGUGUGUGUGGACGCUGUUACUGGGAGAUUGAGUGGAGUGGACGUGUGUAUAUCUCAGUGUCAUAUAAGAGCAUCAGCAGGAAGGGAGGGGGUCUUGAGUGUGUGUUUGGAUAUAAUGAUCAGUCCUGGAGUUUGAACUGCUCUUCCUCCAGUUACUCAUUCUAUCACAAUAAGAUAAAGACUGAUCUCCCUGUAAAGUCUAUCAGCUCUAGAAUAGGAGUGUAUGUGGAUCACAGUGCAGGAACUCUGUCCUUCUACAGCGUCUCUGACACAAUGAGCCUCAUCCACACAGUCCAGACCACAUUCACUCAGCCGCUCUAUCCUGGGUUUUAUGUUUAUACUGGAUCAUCAGUGAAACUGUGUUGAUGUUUCAGAAUAAACUGUAGAGAUUUUGAGCUUCAUGAUAAAUCAGUAACAGUGAGAUAUUAUAGAGUCUCUUAUUUUCUCUUCAUUACAUUAGUUUUUUACUGCUUACACACAUUUUCAAAACUUUGCCUCUUUUUUUUACAAACAAAUCCAAGAAUUACACACACAAAAUGCAAAAUGCCUCACAUCUCUUGCAAAAUAAAGCACUGCAUUCAAAAUAUCACAAAAACAUCUCAAAGGCAAACACCUUUGCAAUAAUAUUAUAUUUUUGGAUACAUCAUAUACACAGUUAUUCAAGCUCCUAUGUAUAUUUCUGUACAAGACUUAAAGUUAUUGGCACAGAGAUGUUGAAAAACAGGGUUCGUACAAGAUGCUUAAAGUGCUUGAAGUACUUGAAUUUGACUUUUUGAAAUUUAAGUCCUGGAAAACCCUUGAAAACAGCCAUAUUUACUUGAAAAGUGCUUGAAUUAUUGAAAGACAAUAUAUAUGAAAUUAGUAUGUGCAAAUGUGUUUGCAAAGUAAGACAAAUGUUUGCAUUUGUGAUAUUUUGAAUGCAGUGUUUCAUUUUGCAAGAGAUGUGAGUCAUUUUGCAUUGUGUG